CGCAAACUGUAUGGGUAAUGAUGAAUGUCCAUUGACAUUAGAUGAUGCUGGCGGCGUUUUAGGACAUGCAUACUUUCCUGACUCUAGCGGCACCUGUAGAGAAAUCCAUUUAGAUAUAAAUGAACGCUGGUAUUUUGGAAAUAAUCCUAAUAUACCCAAAAAUCAAACUAGUUUUCUUAUGGUGUUGGUUCAUGAAAUUGGACAUGCCCUCGGCAUAGCACAUAGUGCUUCUCCGAAUGCUAUUAUGUUUGCCUUCUAUCAGCAUGAGAUUCGUGGUCUAGAUGUUGAUGAUAUAAAUGCAGUACAAUAUCUAUAUGGAAGAAAAAACAAAUAUGAUUCAAUCCCAACGUCUACCACCGCAUCAGCAAUACCAAAAACAACAACAACUAUAAGAUCUACAACUCCAUCUUAUAUCCCGGAACGAAAACAACCUCAACCGAUCCCUCAAACCGAAAGGCAAUUAGAAUCCGGUGGUCGUGUUGAGCUCAUCCUGAUCAAUAAAUCUGGAUCUCCCACCUCCCUAACGUCAGGACAAUCGCGAGUGCCGAAACUAAAUCUCAAUAAUCCCAGCAAAAGUUAUAUUGACCUGAACUGA